CGGCGCUUAGCCGUGUCCGGCCAAGAGAGCCUCCCACCAACGUUUUGGCUCUCGAUGGACGAUAAUGUGGCUUUAUAGACCUCUGCCUUAUACCCAAGCAUGCACAGAACUGUCUAGAAGCGUACGCCAUGGCUUGUCAUCUCCUAUAAAGAAUGGGAUUAUCCCCAUGUACCACGCUUCCUCUCCUCUUCAACCUACACUGCACUUCUAAAUGCUCAGGCACCUAUGUCAGAAACUGAGUGACGCUUCAUAUUCGUCACCAAUGUCUUGCUCAUUUGCUCGGAUAUCGGAUAUCAUCAAUCGCAAGCUCGGCAGAGGCCGUCCUUCCGAGUACGACGACGAGGAGAAGACACGAGCUAUAUCCAUCACUACUACUAUCACCAUCACGACGACGGCAACGGAUUCGAUUGGGUAGAGGAUGGUGGCCCUGGAGAGGGCUGAGUUUGACCCUGGGCACGGCAAUGGCCAAUCUAUUUUAUAUCUCAACGUUGCCCUUAUGGUCAUCACUAAUAUCUUGAUGAUUUUACGAUUAUAUGUUCGCGGCGUUAUGGCUAAGAGUCUUGGGUGGGAUGAUUUGUUGGCUGUUGUUGCUUGGGGCCUUGUCGUGGCCUUUUCUUGUAUAGAAAUCGUUCUUUUGACAAAGGGUGUUGGAUAUCACCUACAGGAUGUGCCGAAGGAGACGCUGUUUCAACUUUUGUCACUAUUUCCUGUCGACAAGUUAGUUUUCAUUUCGGCUGGUGGUUUUGUCAGGCUAUCUAUUCUUGCUUGUCUUCCUCGCCUCAACAGGGACAGAUCUUUUAUGACGUGCGCCUAUGGAGCUUUUGUGGCAACCAUAAUCACUGCCGUGACUUCAUUCUUAUUUGUCCUUUUGUCUUGUAGCCCGGUAUCAGAUGUAUUCAACGCCGCAAAGCCAGACAGACAGUGCGUUUCGAAGUAUAGCCUGUCUCGUAUGAGAUGGGCUCACUCAAUCAUUUCAACUAUUCUUAACAUUGUGAUAUUUGGCCUCUGUAUAUGGGUUUCAUCCUCAACCAACAGAACACGAGCUAAAGUCAUCAACAUGACACUGAUGCUUUUGCUUGGACUGUUUGCUGUUGUUUCGACAAUCACCAGGCUCAUUCUGUUGCUUACAACUAACAUGAAUGUGGACAUAACUUACACCAGCCUUCGAGUAGCACCAUUCUUCUCCCUAGAGAUCAACGCGGGCCUUUGGUGCGGCUGUCUCUCUGCUUUCCAGCCCUUGUUCGAAUGGACCAACAACCACUACUAUAAUCACUAUAACAUGAGGAAGCUAUCUCGAAGUAGCGCCCACGAUCCCCUAAAUGAUUCUUGGCACAGAGAUUACAUGACUGCGAAUCCUCAUGUUUCAAUUCACGGACAGCCAAGAGAUUUAAAGGGGGAUAGGAUGGCAUCAGAUGCUGAUGGAUUCGCAAUGUUAGACAAUGAAAGAGGCAUCAAGUUGACCAUGGAGUUUUCGGUGCAUGUGGAAGACAGAGUUUACACCGGAGAAAGGUCAGAGGAUAUAGUAUCGAGGACACCGGCAUGGAACGCAUUCUGAAAGAAAUUGCCUGGUCUUAAUAGUAAUUGAUCAAAUACGUUAUAUUGCUAC